GCGCAUUUUCUGUUCUAUUGCUGGAUUGUGGCCGCGCGGCACCCAUUGCUGUUGUCCUGUCCACAGCGUUUAAAGCGCUGGACGAACAAGAGGAAAAGGAGAGAAAGGCGAAGCAGCGGCAGAAGAAACUGAGAGCAAGUGAAGAGCAGAGAAGAGCGCGGGAAGGAGGGGGAAAGGGGGGUCACAAAGGGGACGGAACUGUCAGGAAGCGGGGAAUUAGACCUUCUGGGGAAGGCGGCGUGGUCCCGUUCAAAGAUGCUGGUGCGCACGGGGAAGGGCUGCAAGAGUGCGGGGUUUCAGAGCAUGGCCCGCAGGCUGCUGUCAGUCCAAGGUCCGGGGAUGACGGAGGAAAGAUACAGAAACGGACGGACGACGGUACAGGGGCAGGGAAUAGGCGUAGUCGCUUGGGUGCGUCCAAGGUGUGGUCCGGUCCGCAACUACGGGACAGCACUUUCAGUGCGGUUGCCAAAGGGUGCGGGGUUUCCGGUAAGGUUGAGAAGACGGACAGCCUGAAGUGGGCCGUGUUAGCGAGCAAUGGGGAUGGGGGAGGCGAAAUCUUGGUGCGCCAUAAGAUUGGUGCACGGAGUCGGGGAGGCGCUGCCGUGGCAGGCAAUGAUGCAUUGCAUGACGAGGAGGCUUUGCGGGGGAAACGAAUGAAGCGAGUAAACGUCCGGACAAUGGAGGGGGCAGCGUCAAGGUUGAAAGGAGCGAACGGGGGUGCAUCGGAAGGGGACGUGCUACUAAGGCGAAUUCAAGGUUGGGCGAUACGCUUGUCGCCACGAAGAAUGCUGGACACAGUCCGAAUCACGGAGAAGACUGCCAAGAGCGCUAGGGAGGCUCUGAAGGCGAUUCACAGCGCCGGGUUUGUACAUGGGGACGUCGUGCCCCGGAAUAUUCUAGUCAAGGACGAUGGAACGUGCGUAUUCGUAGACCUUGGUAAGGCAAAGAAGGGGCAGAAAUUGCGGGAAUUCGAGGAAGAGCAAGCGCACCUAGAAUACGCUCUGAGAUAG